ACAAAGGUCGAUUGACCUUCCUUAACAACGACAAUUCGAAUUUAGUGGAAAAUAAUACAAACAGCCGUAACGUACAUAUAUAUAUACAACUAUACACACUGCUUUCUGUAUCCCUAUUUCUCCUCUUAUUUUCUCUCUUUUCUCCUUCCAACGUUCAGAUCUUCUGGACUCUGUGUUCUCCUAAAAAAGAUAGAUAACGGGUUUUUCUUUUGGAAAUUUUUAGCAAGAUACAGCAACUGAGGAUGCAAAACAGAUGUGUUUUUUCUUUCAUUAUUCAAGCCUCUGAAGUAGAACUCAAUCUGGCCUGCUUCCCUUGUAAUUUGUUCUCGAUGAGGCUGGAUCCUAAACACACUGUGAAGUUGAGAUCAGGUUCGUACAAAUGCAAAUUGAAGCUGCAAAAGGAAUUUCUGUCCCGUUGAAAGCGCCCAAAGGACUCCUGCCCUGUGAGUAAAAUUCUCAUAGUAGCAUAAUUUCUAGCAAUAAAUUUAGCGUUGCUGUUGUUGUUGUUGAUGUGGAUUAGGUUUAGGGUUUAAGAUUUUAAAAUGGAAAAUAAGGGCAAGAUUUUGAUGCAAAAAUAUGAGAUUGGGAGAAUGUUAGGGCAAGGAAACUUUGCUAAAGUUUAUCAUGCAAGAAACCUCCAAACUGGCCAUAGCGUGGCGAUUAAGGUAAUUAACAAAGAAAAGGUUCUGAAAGUUGGACUAAUUGAUCAAACAAAAAGAGAGAUUUCUGUUAUGAGACUCGUUAAACACCCGAAUAUAGUGCAACUUUUUGAGGUCAUGGCUACGAAAACCAAGAUUUAUUUUGUUUUAGAGUAUGUCAAAGGCGGCGAGCUUUUCCACAAGGUGUCGAAAGGGAGGCUCAAGGAGGAAAUGGCAAGGAAGUACUUUCAGCAGCUGAUCAGCGCUGUGGAUUUCUGCCACAGCAGAGGUGUUUACCACCGCGAUUUGAAGCCUGAGAACUUGCUGCUGGACGAAAAUGGAACGCUGAAGGUGUCGGAUUUUGGGUUGAGUGCGCUUGCGGAAUCCAACAGGCAAGAUGGUCUUUUGCACACAACUUGUGGAACUCCUGCUUAUGUAGCUCCUGAAGUUGUGGGGAGAAAAGCAUAUGAUGGGGCAAAAGCUGACAUUUGGUCUUGUGGUGUGAUUUUGUACGUGCUUUUGGCCGGUUAUCUGCCGUUUCAUGGAACAAAUCUGAUACAAAUGUAUAGGAAAAUUGGAAGAGCAGAUUACGAAUGCCCUAAGUGGUUUUCGAAUGAAGCGCGACGGCUACUCUCUAAAAUCCUCAACCCUAACCCUAGUAAAAGGAUUUUCAUUUCAAACAUAAUGCAAAAUCCCUGGUUUAGCAAGGGGUUCAACUCCAAACCAAUUGCAACUAUAACAGAAGUCGGAAGCCAGGGUUUUUCGGACGUUGAUCAGAUUACUGAGCUGGCAAAGCAGCAAGAGUUGGCUAGACCUAGACCUACAUAUUUAAAUGCUUUUGAUAUCAUCUCUCUUUCUGGUGGAUUUGAUUUGUCUGGCUUGUUUAUGGGACAGGAACAAGAUGUGAAAAAAGAAGUGAAGUUCACAUCUGUGCAAUCUGCCUCAUCAAUUGUAUCCAAGCUGGAGAACAUUGCUCAUCAUUUGAAGUUGAAAGUCAAGAAAGAUGGAGGGUUACUGAAAUUCGAGAAAUCUGAUAACGGAAGGAAGGGUGCAUUGGCAAUAGAGGCUGAGAUUUUUGAGUUCACUUCAUCUUUUCAUUUAGUUCGUCGUACCCAGUGCACAAGGCUCCCGCUUUACGCAGGGUCUGGGAGAGGUGAAUGUCGGCUAGCCUUACCCCCAUUUAUGGAGAGGCUGCUCCCAAUCAUCUUUUCAUUUAGUUGAGAUGAAGAAAUCCAAAGGCGACACAUUGGAAUUUAGGAAGGUGUUGGAAGAUGAUAUAAGACCAGCUCUCAAGGAUGUUGUGUGGACAUGGCACGGUGAGCAGAAACAAGAACAAGAACAAAAACAGCAUAUGCAUUAUUCUUCCUAAGUCUGCACAUCUCAUACUUGAAUGAUCUGAAGCUUUUCUAAUUUAAACUAUUGUUUGAUGAAUUUAUUCUUGUAAUUAUUAUAAAGUUAUUGUUAUAUCAAGGCUCAAUUGGUUUUGUAAGCUUGAAGUUACAUGUGAUUGCAUAUUAUGAGUGAGGUUUUCCAAUCUUUUGUUCCAUUUG